AUGUCUACUCAAUAUAGGGGCGUCUGGCACCACAGCUCCAGCUUGAUGAGAAUAACCAGCGUACUUUGGUGUCUCCACGCGGGACUCGUCCUCGCCACAGUGCCUGGAUCGCCAUCCCCAGCCUACCAUAACGAGAUCCCCAUUCUUCCGCCCCAGAUUCCUCAAGGAGAUGGAUUUGGCUCUAUAGCAAGAAAGCAUGAAUUUACGCUCCGUCAUAUUUAUCACCGCGGGACGUACGACCAACCGGACCUCCAUUUGAGGCUAGAUGUGACGCCGGACACCAAACUAUCAAUCUUAACCGAAGAUGAAUAUUUACCUCAGCCCGUUGAUGAACCACAAAUUUCUCUGACUGCCAUGUCGGAUGCCGUGGCUGUUCAUAGGCUGGCAGACCGCCGGCCGUCUGUAAUCGAGGGUUAUCUGGCUCAUGCAAGAUCGUCCGGCACUGCGGCAAUCUUAUCGGAUGAUGCGUGGGUCAUGGAGGACAUUGAGGGUCCUGAUGUUACCGAUAAAGAGACUGUCUUGACAUUUGCGAGAAUGACGGCAAAUGAUUACAUCGAAGAACCGGGCACUGGGGAUUGGAAUGAGAUUAGUGGCAGGUUCAAUUGGUCAGCGAGUUUUGGCUGGCAGCGUGAUGGGCUUAGAGGCCAUAUAUAUGCUGAUGAGGCCAACAGCACCAUCAUCAUAUCUUUAAAGGGGACUUCUCCUGCGUUGUUUGAUGGAGCUGAGACGACCACCAACGACAAGGAGAAUGACAACCUGUAUUUCUCUUGUUGCUGCGGUCAAGGGGCCUCCUACCUUUCGCGUCAAGUAUGCGAUUGCUCAACAGACGUAUUCACCGCUAAUUUGACUUGCAUCGUUGAAGCUAUGCAAAGUGAAAAUCGAUAUUAUGGUGCUGCGAUUGAUCUGUAUACCAAUGCCACACAGUUAUAUCCAAAUGCGAACGUUUGGCUUGCCGGCCAUUCUCUUGGGGGUGCCAUGAGUGCACUACUUGGUCUCACAUUUGGUCUCCCAACUGUUGCGAUUGAUGCAAUACCGGACGCGCUGCCUGCGGCCAGACUUGGAUUGCCCACACCGCCUGGCUACGAUCCGUUGCUGCCCCAAAAACGGAGAGAUACUGCUAUCUACCAUAUUGGCCAUACAGCAGACCCUAUAUACAUGGGCUCUUGCAAUGGUGCAGGUGCUACCUGUACUUGGGCUGGGUACGCUUUAGAAUCUGCGUGUCACAAUGGGAAGAUGUGCGUAUACGAUACAGUCGAAGACAAAGGCUGGCGAGUGGGAAUAGGUACACAUCGAAUAAAAAAUGUGAUUUCUGAUGUUUUGGAGGUCUACGAUGCCGUUCCACCUUGCGUGCCAGAAGAGGAGUGUUACGAUUGCCAGCUGUGGAAAUUCUACAAGAGCAAUGGCUCUGAAAUUACGACCACAACGACCACAACCAAGACUACUUCAACAUCUACAUCAUUAACCAGGACAUCGACUUGUCAGACUCCAGGAUGGUGGGGUUGCUUGGAUAAGACGACAUCGACGACUUCUUCUAGCACGACUUCCACUAGCAGCAGCCUGACAACAACCACAACCACCUGUAAAACUCCAGGUUGGUUUGGCUGCAAAGAUCCUACAACCACGACUACUACUACAAGCCUUCAUCCUUCUCCAACAGCUACAACGGCCACUUCUACAUCAACAUGUCAUGAUCGCGGCUGGUUUGGCUGCCGGGAUCCUACCACCACCCAGAGUCCAAGCUCAGCAUCUGUUCCGCUGCCAUAUGAGGACAAUCCAGCUACUGCCGCAGAACAUCUAGUCACUGCAGCUCCAGUACUAUAG